AGUGGCGGUGUGACUAGCUGGCAGCUUUUUUGUGUUUCAAUGCUGAAAAGCUUUGAGGCGACAGUACUGCUGAUCAGUCAGCCGCAGACUUCAAGCUGCACAGAGAGACUCAGCUCUGCACGAUGCCUUCCCCUAUCCCCGUGACUCGCCUGCUGCCCAAAGAUAUCUACCCCUGCCUGGACAUCGGGACCUGUAGCAGUCCGCUAACCAAAUACUCCCUCGGUACCACUUUACAAGUCCCUGUUCAGCGGCUCCACGGCAGGGUUGCAACUCGGCUCUGGUCCACUGUGAUCCACUGGAAGGAGCUGCGCUCCCUGCAGCCGGUGGGCUCCGGAGGGUUCGGCUCCGUCUAUAAGGCAGAGUACCUCGGGGAGACCGUUGCGCUGAAGAAAGUGAAGAAGUGCACAAAGAACAAGCUGGCGUCCCGGCAGAGCUUCUGGGCCGAGCUGAACGCCGCACACCUGCGCCACAGAAACAUCGUGCGCGUCAUCGCGGCGACCACCUGCGUCCCGUCUGAUUUUGGAGACGAAAGCAGCAUUGGAACAAUACUGAUGGAGUUUGUGGGGAACAUAAAUCUGCAGCAGAUCAUUUACGGGUGUGCAGAGCCGCUAGGAGAGGACAGGUGGCUCAGGUACUCCACGGACAUUGUACGCGGCUUGCGGUUCCUUCACUCCCACAGCGUUGUGCAUCUGGACAUAAAACCAGCAAACUUAUUGGUGUCCAGUGAAGACGUCUGCAAAAUUGCGGAUUUCGGCUGUUCUCUGAAACUGGACCGUGGCUGUGAAGUGUGCGCCAUCAGCCCCCAUCUGAGCCACGUCGGCGGCACUUACACGCACAGAGCCCCGGAGUUGCUGAAGGGCGAGGGGUUGUCUCCCAAAGCGGAUAUCUUUUCUUUCGGGAUCACCUUGUGGCAGCUGAUCACCAGAGAGCAGCCCUACACUGGCGACAGGCAGCACGUGCUCUACGCGGUUGUGGCGCACAGCCUGCGUCCGUCUGUUCAGGACCAUCCGGUGUUUCGGUCGGAGCAGGGGCGGCUGUGUAGGACUGUGCUGAGCCGGUGCUGGAGCGCAGAGGGCCGCUGCAGACCCAGUGCCGAGGAGCUGCUGCCUCACCUGGAGCAGCUGCGCACCAAUACGUGACUUAGUUUUCCAACUGGUGCACAGAUGUGCUGACAGCUGUGGCUUUCAUUAAAUGGACACGUUUUAGGAACAUUUUAGAAGGUUCUGCCCAUUUUCUCAUGGUCACCUUGAUGCCCAAUGAGGUUUAGAAAAGCCAACCAUUUGGUGCUCUCGUUUAUCAGCGCAAUAAUAAUGUGCCUUAAGAAAUAAAAAUGCUAUAUAAGGGAGUACUGUUUCAGCAGGGCACACUGUUUAACCCACAAAAAGCACUUGUAAUGAAAACAAACCAAUGUUUAAAGUGAAUUUAGUCCUGCAAUGUUAACACAUCAUUGUCGUUUAGUUCGACAACUCAAACUAUUCAUAUUAAGUUACUGUGAGUUUGUUUUAGCAAGUUUUUAAAAAAAAUAUGGAAUCAAAAUUUGAGGUGAACUGAGUUUUAUUUGCUAUGAUGAGAUUGUAUUGUGAGAUUUAAGUGUGAUAGGUUUCAUUAAAACUAUUUUUAUACUAU